UAAAAUAUUAUUUUACUGACCUUCAAACCAUUCGCAUCACGAUGAGAGCUCUUCUGGUGAUUUGUAUCCUGGCUCUGGCUACUCCUGCUAUCCUGGCCCGCACUAUGGACCGCUGCUCCUUGGCUCGGGAGAUGGAUAAUCUGGGAGUUCCCCGUAAUCAAUUGGCUCGCUGGGCCUGCAUUGCCCAGCAUGAAAGUUCCUACAGAACUGGGGUGGUGGGACCGCCCAACUCCGAUGGAUCCAACGACUAUGGGAUCUUCCAGAUCAACGACCUCUACUGGUGCCAGCCGUCCAGUGGCAAGUUCUCCCACAAUGCCUGCAACAUCAGGUGCGACGACCUCCUGACCGACGACAUCAGCAGGUCGGUGAAAUGUGCCCGAAUGGUCCAGCGGGAACAGGGCUGGUCUGCCUGGUCCGUGUGGCCCCGCUGCAGUGGACAACUGCCUUCCAUCGACGACUGCUUCACCUCAGGAAAAUCGCUGACCGAUCGUCAUUUCUCCAAUCAAUUUGGAGGGGACAGCUUUUGCAAAUUCUAAAUAAUCUCAAUUUUGUGUGGGAAUUGUGUUAAUAGGAUGUCCAAUUGACGGAGAAGAUUUUAUUAAGCGGGAAGAGUAUUUACACAAGACUAAUUAAUAAUGCGCAUUUUUGUAUUCCUUGUCAACACAAUCUUUUUGUUACACUUUAUAAUCCGGUAAAUAAAUAGCAUAUUCUGAAACAAAAA